CUGGAGCGCUACCUGCCAAGCUAAACCGAGGGAUUAUUAGCACACUGAUGACGUUGACGCCGGAGUAGCUUUCGUGUGGCGGAAGAUGGCUGACAGUGUAGCUCUGGUAGCCAAAAGAAGCGACUCUGGCUCUGUAUCGACUGUGAGCAUGGAGACCAUCUCCGGGCUGACGGAGCUGGAUGACCUGGAGCGGGUUUACCAGCAGCUCUGUACCGAGGAGACAGGAGUGGAAGCUGAGCUCGACAGGCUGGUGGGGCAGGAGGGGAGCAUUCACACAAAGAUGUUGGCAUUGCAGAGGAUGGGACCGAACCUACAGCUGAUUGGAGGAGAUGCCAGCCAGCUGUCAGGCAUGAUCACUUUCACCUGCAGUCUGGCUGAAAAUGUCAGCCAGAAAGUCAGACAGCUAGACCUGGCAAAAACCCGGCUUUAUAACGUCAUCCAGCGUGCUGACGACAUCCUCGACCUGAAGUUCUGCACCGACGGCGUUCAGACGGCGCUGCGUAACGAAGACUAUGAACAGGCGGCUGCUCACAUCCAUCGCUACCUUUCUCUGGACCAAUCAGUGAUCGAGUUGAGCCGUCAGGGAGAAGAAAGCAGCGCUGUGGACGCCAGUCUGGUGACUCUGCAGGAGGCGGAGCAGAAGCUGAAAGUGAUCGUGGCAGAGAAGCUCGACGAGGCCGUAGCAGCCGUCGACCUGGCUCAAGUGGAGAGGUUCUUCAAGAUCUUCCCUCUGCUGGGCCUCCACCAGCAGGGCCUGGCCCGGUUCGGCCAGUACCUGUGCAGUCAGCUUGCCUCCAAAGCCGAGGAGAACCUGCUGUUGGCGACAGGAGGCGAUCUGGGAGAGAAGAGAGCUCUGCUGAUAUUUGCAGACACUUUGACGCUGCUGCUGGAAGGCAUUGCUCGUGUCGUUGAGACUCAUCAGCCCAUAGUGGAGACGUAUUACGGUCCGGGCCACCUGUACACCCUCAUCACUCACCUGCAGCAGGAAUGCGACCGUCAGGCCCAGAAAAUUGUUGAUAAGUUCAUUCAGCAGAGAGGAUACCACAACAAGUUCCAGAUUGUCCAGACCAGCAUGAUGAAGAGCGUACCAGGGGAGAGAAUCGAGCCGAGGGAGCUGGACCCCGUACUGGCAGAAGUGACGCUGAUGAACGCCAGGGCGGAGCUGUACCUGCGCUUCCUGCGUCGCCGCAUAAUGGCCGACUUUGAGGUCGGAGACGCUCAGAGCAUCACACCAGAGCACCAGCAGAAUGUGGAGAAGCUAAUCAAGCACUGUUUGCUGAGCACCAUGAUGCAGGAGCUGAUUGGAUAUUACAUCCCAAUGGAGGAGUACUACAUGAGAGAGUCGGUCAACAAGGCUGUUACCAUGGAUACUUACGAGAAGGGUCAGCUGACCAGCAGCAUGGUGGACGACUGUUUCUACAUCGUUAAAAAGUGCAUCAGCAGAGCGUUGUCCAGCUCCAACAUCGACUGCCUCUGCGCCAUGAUCAACCACGCCAACUCUCUGCUGGAGUCAGACUUCAGAGAGGUGUUGUACAACAAGCUGCGGCAGGGCUUCCCGGCCACAACGCUUCAGGACAUCCAGCGGGGCGUCAGCAGCGCCGUCAGCCUGAUGCAGAGCAGCUUGCAGCAGGGAAAGUUUAACACGCUGGGCAUCGAGAGCACCGAAAACGCCAAAGCUGCCUUCCUGGUCACUCUGAAUAACGUGGAGGUUUGCAGUGAGAAUAUCACAACGCUAAAGAGGAACCUGGAGAACGACUGCUCCAAGCUGUUCACUCAGGGAGUCGGAUCUGGUGAAAAAGCAAAGAUCGAAAGCUGCUUGUCCGACCUCGUCAGCACUUCUGCAAAGUUCAAGGAUCUAUUGCAGGAGGGUCUGACGGAGUUGAACACGACAGCCGUAAAGCCUCAAGUCAAGCCCUGGAUCAGCAGCUUUCUGUCCAUCUCCCACAACAUAGAGGAGGAAGAGUUUAACGACUAUGAAGCCAACGACCCCUGGGUGCAGCAGCUCAUCAUUAACCUGGAGCAGCUCAUGGCCGAGUUCAAGACGGCCCUCAGUCCUGUCAUCUACGACACCCUGACCAGCCUGAUGACCAGCCUCAUCUCUGUUGAGCUGGAGAAGACCGUGCUCAAAUGCUCUUUUAGCAGGCUGGGAGGGCUGCAGUUCGACAAAGAGCUGCGGUCUCUGGUGGCGUACCUCACCACGGUCACCACCUGGACCAUCAGAGACAAGUUCGCUCGCCUCACGCAGAUGGCCACCAUCCUCAACCUGGAGCGGGUGACUGAGAUCCUGGACUACUGGGGUCCUAACUCAGGCCCACUGACAUGGCGGCUGACCCCCGCCGAGGUGCGUCAGGUUCUGGCUUUGCGGAUCGACUUCAGAAGCGAAGAUAUCAAGAGGCUGCGACUCUAGAUAACGAGUUAGUGGCCGUCUGCGACUGUGAAGCACAUGGAAAAAAAAGAAAAACUCUAAACAGAUGUGUGCGCGACACAAAACAAACACCCUGUUUGUUCCUCAGUGGUGUUUCCUUUUUAUUAUUUUUUUUGCAGUUUGCCCAGCUGAUCCCAGUCUGCUUCAGUUCCAGCUGAGCUUCCAGAGACGCGUUUUUUUCACAGCAGCGACGGCGAGCAGCCUGAUCUUUAGUUAACUGUAAAAAUGUGUAAUUAAAAUCAUAAAUGUGUGACUGUAUUACGGUGGAGUAUUUUUAACCUGUGGCAGGCCGAGAGAGAAACGGGGAUACACUUGGGAGCGUGGAGCGGAGCUGUGGGGCCGCUGGUGCAGCAGAGCAGUAAUGAACGUCCCGGCCAUUAAACUGACAGAAGCAGGUCAGACAGCUGAUCCAGCCCAGUCAUCCAAUAUAUGAAUAGCUCCUUUGCCGGUGAUGAUGGAACACUUUUAACCUAAUAAAUUGAGAGCUUGCUGCGCUGUGCUCCUGAUCCCUGCCACCCAGCACAUUUCACUGCCAUGCCAGAGCCGCUCCCAAUCUUUUUUUUUUUAUGCGUAUUUCUGACUCCAAACGGGCAGCUUUGUUCACGAGGCAGUGAAGCAUCAAAAGUGGUUCACUCUCUCAUAAUAUGCAGCCUAAUUUCCUGGUCCAGCCUUAAUUCUCUGUACAGAUUAAAGCGGAGGGAACAGCUUGUUACGUCGCGGCGCAAUCAAAACUCAAGACCGCCAAAGCAGAGAUAGUUAGGAAAAGUGUGGCUUUAAUGUAAACACAACAUUCGAUUGGCUCAGCACAAACAUUCCACAUGAGAGCAACCAAUAAACUACUGAAUAGGAUGGGGGUGCAGCACAGAAACAUUCACAGUAAAAAAAAAAAAAAAAAAAAAA